UAUGUAUGUGGAACGAGCCCUAAAAACUUGAGAACUUUUGUAUUAAUCCGGCCGCCCCUCACCCCUAAACCCUAAAAGCCAGAACGAGGGUGAUAGAGAGGGUACGAGCUGCCCCUUUGACAGCCGUGGCGCACGAAUAUGUAAAGUAGCGAUUCUCUGCUCCAUCUCUCUCUGAAACCUUCUGAGUUUGCUUCACAUUUCAGUGUUAAUGGCGCUUUAUUUGCUCUAUGAGUCGGCUUCUGGUUAUUCUCUUUUCUGUGCUCAUGGCUUGGACGAGAUUGGCCAGGACACUGAAGGGGUUCGCAACUCAGUUUUGGACCUCAAUCGCUUCGGAAAAGUGGUGAAGCUCACUGCGUUUCAGCCAUUCGCCUCUGCCGUUGAUGCUCUAAAUCAGUGCAAUGCGGUCUCGGAAGGGGAGUUGACAGAUGAACUAAGGAACUUCUUGGAGCUGAAUCUUCCGAAAGUCAAGGAUGGAAAGAAACCCAAGUUCAGUUUGGGUGUUUCAGAUACAAAGAUUGGGUCUCAUAUUUCCGAGGUCACCGGUGUUCCGUGCCAUUCAAGCAAAUUUGAUUUGGAGCUCAUUCGUGGAAUUAGGAUGCAUUUUGACAGGUUUAUUAAGGAACUGAAGCAAUCGGACUUGGAGAAAGCUCAACUAGGCCUUGGACAUAGUUACAGUCGUGCAAAGGUCAAGUUCAAUGUCAAUCGAGUUGAUAAUAUGGUCAUCCAGGCCAUCUUCCUUCUUGACACCCUGGACAAAGAUAUUAACACCUUUUCUAUGAGGGUCAGAGAAUGGUAUUCCUGGCAUUUUCCUGAGUUAGUGAAAAUUGUCAAUGACAACUAUCUUUAUGCAAGAGUUGCAAAAUAUGUGAGGGACAAGUCGAACUUAACAGAGGAGGCCAUUCCUGAGUUAACUGAGAUACUUGGUGAUGAAGACAAGCCUAAGGAGAUUAUUGAAGCAGCUAGAGCUUCCAUGGGGCAGGAUUUGUCCCCUAUAGACUUGAUCAAUGUCGAGCAAUUCGCCCAGAGAGUUUUGGAACUGUCUGAAUAUAGGAAGCAGCUCCAUGGUUACCUUGUCACAAAAAUGCAAGAUAUUGCACCAAACUUGGCAUCUUUGAUUGGUGAAAUGGUUGGUGCCCGGUUGAUUUCCCAUGCUGGAAGUCUUACCAAUCUUGCUAAGUGCCCUUCUUCUACACUUCAAAUUCUUGGGGCAGAAAAGGCCCUUUUCAGGGCUUUGAAAACUCGAGGCAACACUCCAAAAUAUGGUCUUAUCUUCCAUUCUUCUUUUAUCGGGCGUGCAUCCACUCGUAAUAAAGGACGUUUAGCCCGUUACCUUGCUAAUAAGUGUUCCAUUGCAUCUCGAAUUGACUGUUUCUCAGAAAUGGACACUCGUACCUCAGUUUUUGGGGAAAAGCUUCGGGAACAGGUUGAGGAGAGAUUGGAGUUUUAUGAUAAGGGUGUCGCGCCUCGCAAGAAUGUUGAUGUGAUGAAAGAGGCUCUCAAUGGUACAAAGAGUGAAACUAAUGAAGGUGGGGAGAAGGAUUUGGCAAAUGGUGAAGUCCAUGAUGUCUCAGAAAAGAAAAGUAAGAAAAAGAAAAACAAAGACAUGAAUGUGGAGUUGACUGUGCCUGUUGAGGAUAAGGAAAUGGAUGUGGAUGGGAAAGGAGAUGACAAGAAGAAGAAGAAGAAGGAGAAGCGUAGAAGGGGGGAGGAAGAGGAGGCUGCAGGAGCUCUAGAUAACGAGAAUGGGGUAAAUCUCGAACAGAAUGGGACUCAGAAAAGGAAGAAGGAGAAGAAGAUAGAAGCUGACAAUGGCCUUGGAGCAGCUGUUAGUGAGAAGAAACAGAAGAAAAAGAAGAAAAAGAGUGAGGAUGAUGAGUGACAUUAAAAAUGUAUUUAUUGAAUCACUACAUCUACAGUUUUGUUAAGCUCCUCUUAUCUUUCAGGACCAUCUAUUUAUGCAUCUUUUACAGGUUUCUUGCUUCAACUACUUGCAAUUUUCUGACUUUGGCUGUUAUAAUUUGAUCUCAUAUUUUCCUCUUGGAUUGGAGAUCUUGGGUUUCUUAAUGGCUAAAAAGAAAAUUACUCGCGAGUGUUUAGACUUC